CGCAACUCGCAAGUUUUGCCCACGCUUCAGGGCGGACGCCUGCGCACUGGAGACGCGUGGAUCGCGACUCUGCUCUUGGGAAAAGUUGUUGACAGUUCACAUGACAGACAUUGUCAAGGAGAGGGUGCGAUUUUCUAUGCGUUCGGUUUAGCAUUGGCUAAAGCGACCUCUGGCUCUGGUUGGUUACAGCGCUAUGGCUCCGACGGUACAUGAACGUCCAGAAUCAGGUGGGAGUGAGGCCAGCGUUGAGGAUGAGCUCCGGGAGAUCAUGCAGAAGAGGAUCAUGGUCCUGGACGGUGGGAUGGGAACCAUGAUCCAGCAACGGAACCUGGAGGAGCCCGACUUCAGGGGGGAGGAGUUUAGGAAUCACCCGAAGAGCCUGAAGGGCAACAACGACCUCCUCAGCAUCACUCAGCCCAAUAUCAUCUAUAAGAUCCAUAAGGAGUACCUCCUCGCUGGGGCCGACAUCAUCGAAACGAACACGUUCAGCGGCACGAGGGUCGCGCAGGCUGACUACGGGCUCGAGGACUUGGCCUACCGACUGAACAAGGCCUCUGCAGAUAUCGCCAGGAAGGCUGCCGAUGACGUCACAGCCCACACUGGCAUCAAGAGAUAUGUGGCGGGAGCAGUUGGUCCCACGAACAAGACGCUCUCGGUGUCCCCCUCGGUGGAAAGGCCCGACUUCAGGAACAUAACUUUCGAUGAACUGGCGGACGCCUACGCGGAGCAGGUCAGGGGCCUUCUGGACGGAGGGGUGGACAUCCUGCUGGUGGAAACCAUCUUCGACACAGCCAACGCCAAGGCCGCCCUCUUUGCGAUCGACAAGCUUUUUGAAGAUGAGUACGCGCGAAGACCCACCAUUAUUUCGGGGACCAUCGUGGACAAGAGCGGGCGGACGCUUUCCGGGCAGACCGGAGAGGCCUUUGUCAUCAGCGUGUCCCAUGCUAAACCGCUAUGCGUUGGACUCAACUGCGCUCUCGGGGCCGCCGAAAUGAGACCGUUCAUCGAGGCGAUCGGGAAGAGCACCACAGCUUUAGUCAUCUGCUACCCCAACGCGGGUCUGCCCAAUACGUUCGGAGGGUAUGACGAGACUCCAGAACUGACAGCCGCUCAUAUGCAGGAGUUCGCCAGGGAUGGUCUGGUGAAUGUCGUCGGUGGAUGCUGCGGAACUACCCCCGCCCACAUCCGGGCCAUUGCUGACGUGGUGAAGAACUGCCAGCCUCGCGUCCCCCCGACCGAUGUCUUCAAGGACUACAUGCUGCUGUCAGGUCUGGAACCCUUCCGGGUCGGUCCGUACACCAACUUCGUCAACAUCGGCGAGCGCUGCAACGUGGCAGGAUCUCGGAAGUUUGCCAGACUCAUCAUGUCUGGAAACUAUGAGGAGGCUCUGAGCAUCGCCAAGACCCAGGUUGAGAUGGGCGCUCAGAUUCUGGAUAUCAACAUGGACGAGGGGAUGCUGGAUGGUCCUGUUGCCAUGGCGCGUUUCUGCAACCUCGUUGCUUCUGAACCACACAUUGCCCGGGUGCCCCUGUGCAUUGACUCGUCCAACUUCGCCGUGAUUGAGGCGGGCCUGAAAUGUACCCAGGGCAAGUGCAUCGUCAACAGCAUCAGCCUGAAGGAGGGAGAAGCCGAGUUCCUGCAACGGGCCCGCUGCGUGCACCGCCACGGGGCUGCCGUGGUCGUUAUGGCGUUUGACGAACAGGGCCAGGCGACAGACACGGAGCACAAGGUCCAGGUGUGCACACGAGCCUACCACCUCCUAGUGAAAAAAGUGGGCUUCAACCCCAAUGACAUUAUCUUCGACCCCAACAUCCUGACCAUUGGUACUGGCAUGGAAGAACACAACAUGUAUGCCAUCAACUUCAUCAAGGCUACCAGACUUAUCAAGGAGACGCUUCCAGGAGCCAGGGUCAGCGGGGGCCUGUCUAACCUUUCCUUCUCCUUCCGUGGGAUGGACGCCAUCCGAGAGGCCAUGCAUGGUACCUUUCUCUAUCACGCCAUCAAGGAUGGCAUGGAUAUGGGCAUUGUGAAUGCGGGGAACCUCCCAGUCUACGAUGACAUUGACAAGGAGCUGCUGCAACUGUGCGAGAACCUCAUCUGGAACAGGGACCCUGAAGCCACUGAGAAGCUCUUGGUUUAUGCCCAGAACAACGCCAAGGGUGGGAAGAAGGUGAUCCAGACAGAUGAGUGGAGGGAGGGCAGCGUGGAGGAGCGGUUGGAGUAUGCUCUCAUUAAGGGCAUUGAGAAGUACGUGGUGGAGGACACAGAGGAGGCUCGCUCGCUUACUGAAAAGUAUUCACGUCCCCUGCACGUAAUCGAGGGCCCCCUCAUGAAUGGGAUGAAGAUGGUGGGCGACCUCUUCGGCGCAGGAAAGAUGUUCCUGCCACAGGUUAUCAAGUCAGCGCGGGUGAUGAAGAAGGCAGUUGGAUACCUGAUCCCCUUCAUGGAGAAGGAGAGGGAGGAGAUGAUAGCAGCCUCUGGCUCCUCAGAGGAAGUGGAUCCCUACCAGGGUACGAUCGUACUGGCCACCGUGAAAGGCGAUGUGCACGACAUCGGCAAAAAUAUCGUCUCCGUCGUCCUGGGGUGCAACAACUUCAGGGUGAUCGAUCUUGGCGUGAUGACACCAUGCGAUAAAAUCCUGAGGGAGGCCGUUGACAAAAAAGCGGACAUCAUUGGCCUGUCUGGACUGAUCACCCCCUCGCUGGACGAGAUGAUCUACGUCGCCAAGGAGAUGGAGCGACUGGGGAUGAAAACCCCCCUGUUGAUCGGAGGAGCCACCACAUCCAAGACUCACACAGCAGUGAAGAUAGCCCCACGCUACAGCGCCCCUGUGGUCCACGUGCUGGAUGCCUCCCGCAGCGUAGUGGUGUGCUCUCAGCUCCUGGAUGAGAAUCUGAAAGAGGAAUUCUUCGAGGAGAUCACCGAGGAGUACGAGGACAUCCGACAGGACCACUACGACAGUCUGAAGGAUCGCCGUUUCUUGUCGCUGAGCCAAGCCAGGGAGAAGGGCCUACACGUGGAUUGGCUUUCCCAGCCGCCGCCAGUGCGUCCCCGUGUGAUUGGCACCCACGUGUUCGAGUCCUAUGACCUGCACCGGCUGGUUAACUUCAUCGACUGGAAGCCCUUCUUCGAUGUUUGGCAGCUUAGGGGCAAAUACCCCAACAGGGGUUACCCCAAAAUCUUCAAGGACAAAGCCGUGGGAGAAGAGGCCAGGAAGGUGUUCGAUGACGCUCAGAAGCUCUUAAGUGAGCUGAUCGACAGCCAGAGACUGCAGGCCAGGGGCUUGGUGGGGUUUUGGCCGGCGCAGAGCGUCGGCGACGACAUCCACGUGUACGCCCAGGACGCCACGCCCCGCGGCGCCCAGCCCGUGGUCAAGUUCCACGGCCUCCGUCAGCAGGUGGAGAAGGACUCCUCCUGCACGGACCCCUACCUGUGCCUGUCGGACUUUGUGGCGCCGCGCGAGAGCGGGGUGCCCGAUUACAUCGGCCUUUUCGCCGUGGCCUGCUUUGGGGCCGAGGAGCUGAGCCGCCGCUUCCAGGAGAACGACGACGAGUACAGUAGCAUCAUGGUCAAAGCCCUGGCGGACCGUCUGGCGGAGGCUUUUGCUGAAGAGCUGCACGCCCGAGUGCGCAAGGAAUUCUGGGGCUACAACGCGGAGGAGACCCUGGAGGCGGCCGACAUGCACAAGAUACAGUACGAAGGGAUCCGGCCCGCGCCCGGGUACCCCAGCCAGCCGGACCACACCGAGAAGAUCACCAUGUGGCGACUCGCCUCCAUACAGGAGAAGACCGGUAUCGCCUUAACGGAGUCCUUGGCCAUGAAGCCCGCCGCUGCCGUGUCCGGGCUCUACUUCUCGAACCCCAGGUCGACGUACUUCGCCGUGGGCAAGAUCACCAGAGAGCAGGUUCAGGAAUACGCUGAGAGGAAGGAGUUGACCGUCACAGAGGUGGAGCGAUGGCUCGCACCAGUCCUGGGGUACGACACCGAGUGACGGGACGUGGGCCGCUCGUCACGCCCCCCUCCUCCUCCUCCUCCUCCUCGUCCUCCGGGUUUCAACCUGCUGCUGGACUACUUUUGCAUUUCAGCACGAACGAAACACUAAAACGCAUCAUUUUAAUGCUCGCUUUUAAAACGCGUACCUCCUAGUUUGUUGAACUGGAGAAACAACUGAAAUAUUAUCGUAAUUUGUCGCAAUUUAUUUAUGGACGCCCGGUCAUUUCCUUGUAGAUCGUACGUAAUUUUAUAUGAAUGUGUGUGAACGAGGGCGGCACGGUGGCGCAGCGGGUAGUGCUGAUGCCUCACGGCGGCUGAGCUCUUUGGGUUUGAAUCCGGCUCAGUCCGCGUGGAAUUCGCAUGUUCUCACCGUGUCUGUGUGUUUUUUCCUCCCUCGGUCCAAGGGCAUGCGGUUCAGGUUAACUGGCGAUGCGAAAUUGCCCUGUGUGUGUGUGUGUGUGUGUGUGUGUGUGUGUGUGUGUGUGAGCGAGUAAGUAUAUAUUAAGAAGGUAACACCACUGUAAUUUCCACUAUUACUACAUUUUCCAGAUGUUUUAAAUCGAGACUUUUUUUUUUUAAUUCGUACAGUGUUUAUAAAUCACAGCAACGAUUCUGAGAUUCUGGUUUGUCUCGAACACGGUUUUUAAAACACAUUGUUUUAACAUUCAUAUGACGAAACGUGUGCGUUAAAGCAGUCUUCGCUGGGGUGUUGUUUUUAAAUGUAAAAUUCUGGUUAAAUAAGCAGGUAGAAUUCUGUGUCUUGAACAGGCAACAUUUGCAUUCAUAAAUGUGUUUUUAUGAUAAGAUUCUUUUCUGACAACCAUUGAAAAAUAAA